AUCCUCCUGAAUCCUUCCAACACCGUGACUUGUAAUUCUCUAUCUCUCUGGAAGUCUUCCACCUCCCUGAUUCCCAACGAUCCAAUUGUAUCCCACGGCCACCCAUAAAGAAAUAGAUAUUCUACCGUCACGACUACUCAUUACGACCUUAUCAAAUGAGAUCAACAAACGAAGAUGACGCCAUUAACCUUAUAUUUGGUGGCGGUCUCGAAAUCGAACAGGAAUUAUCUGACAUUGAGAAUGAGAUCGAAGAGCUGGAUGCAACACAGAGGAAAGAGAAGUCGGAGCGACCAUCAACCUAUGUGCGCGUAAUGGAAGAUAUGAUCAACGAAGUGGAUAGCUACGAAGGGCACCUCUUGAGUGAGGAUGAAUGGUGUUUAAUCAGGCUUCUGGGGAAGGAAAUGAAGUACCCUGCCAGAUAUCUUCUUGCGCGGCUUCUGUGUCGUAAACAGAACCGGUGGCACUCCUUUAAUGCAUUGCACCGCUAUACGUCAGAAAUUGGUGAAGAUGGCAUCCGUCAGGCUAUCGCCGAUCUUUCAGCUGCGCUACUAGAGCCUUCAGAGGAGGCAGAAGUCAAAGUCGAAGAACCAGAAAUCAUAGACUUGACUUUCGACGAAGAGGAGGAAGAUGACCGUGAACCUGUAGCUGGACCCUCUCGGCUUGCUACGCCUCAGACGCAGAACACGGACGCCGUGUUUGAAGCGGUGGUCGAGAAUCUAGACCUCACUUAUUUUUGCAAGGACGAGUCGACUAUGACACUCCGCGAGAUUCUCGAAACACUCCCUGCUGAUCACCUCAGAGCGCUUGUGAAGGAAACUAGAGUUGGUCCGAAAGGAACCAAGGAGAGCCUCGUAGAUGCUCUCAUGAAGUAUUCUUCUACACAGGCUUCCCUUCCGUUCGAGUCGCCCAAGAAGAAGAAUAGAUCUAGGAAUAAUGAGCGGUACGAUGAUGGCUACAGGCAAACUGUUUUGUGUUUUGCCGUACCAUGUAAGGAAACGCAAGAGCAGAGAUUGAAGGAAAUGGCACUGAAGAAAUUGGGCAAAUGUAUUCGGCUCAACUAUGACUUCUUUCAACUCGUUCGGCGAUUUAGUAUUAUUUUUUAUCGAUCUAUGCACUUGCCUACUGACAUAUUCCUGCCUUCCCUCCUUAGCGAGUUCAAGAAGCGUAUCUAUCCUAAAUAUAAUGCCACUCGCACUGGGCAGAUAUGGGAGUCGCGUGACGCGUUCUUGCAAUACGAAGAAGCGUUAUACUUUGAAGCAGAGCUAGAAGCAAUACUCGAAACGACACCGGGAAAGACGCCACGUCCCGGCAAGGGCAAGGCUGACGAUGAUGAAGACGUGGACGAUGAUGGAGAUGGCGAAGCGGAGUUGACGCCUCAGCAGAUGGUGGCUAAGGCUGUGAGAGAAAGGGUGAUGAAUACCAUCCUUCCACGCUGGCGGUUUUGCGUCGCUGCCAAACGGGCGGUCAAAAAGGAGGGUGUUGGUGAGGAUCCAAGGCCUGGACUAGACCGCUUUGAACCAGGGUACAUCUACACCCGAAUGGUGGAGAAAUAUGCCCGAGCGCUUGGCCAAUUGAAGGAAUACGAAGCUGAGGUGGAGACCCUCGACGAGUUGCUCGGCCAGCGGUUCUGGCGUAGAGGAAAGCGCGGAUCGUGGUAUGAUAGGCGGGCGCUGGUUGAGAUCAUGUAUCUUUCCAAGGUGGAGGGUAAGAAGUCAAAAAGCAAACCCAAACUACGGGUAGCGAUGGAGCAUUUGAAAGAUGCGCUGCGGGACGAGGACACGCAUCUUAGUAAGUCUCUUCUGAUCAUCAUCAAGUAUACAUGGCUGACCGCGAUGUCGAUAGUUUGUCGCCCGGGUCUCUUCAGGCGACUACAGAAGGUGGAGAAGACACUGAGGGUCCCUGAAGAGCAGAGAUCGCGGUGUGAAGGGGAGCUUAAGGAGCCCGAAGUUGUUGAAGUGCAUGCUGAGCGCGUCAAACGCAGCAACCAGAGUCUUCAGCUUGACCAGUUUGGCAGACUAAAGGGGAAGGAAAAUGGCGUACCAGGGUCUUCCUGGACCAAAGAUGGCGGUAAAGCGCCCUCUUGGACCGGAAAGUCUCUGUGGCUAGGGGAACGGAAUGAAGAGGUCAACGUUGAAACUCGGACACUUCAGGCUUAUGCACAACAAGGUUAUAAAGGAUUCCACUCUGAGACUGGGAUACUCACCACAAUUUUUGGACUGUUGUUUUGGGACAUCAUUUUUGCGGACGUUCCGGGAGCCUUCGAGACCAAGUUUCAAACGGCACCGUUGGAUAUUGCCGAGGACUCGUUCUAUUACGCUCGCAAGGAACUCAUACAGACCCGGCUGAGAAAGAUCGAGGACGGAAAGGCAGCAGAUAUUCUGGAGCGCCACGACCGUACUUACCGGGCGAGCAAGACUUGGUGCGUUGGAGUGAAAUGGGACUACCCCAAGGAAGAUUUGCUGGAAAUUGUCCAGUGCUUCAAGGGCGAGUCUCUAGCCACGAUCUGCCAUCUCUUUUGCGAAGAUUACGCGGGGAGAAGCAGUGGCGUGCCAGAUCUCAUCGUUUGGAAACCCGAAGGUCGCGAGUGUAAAUUCGUCGAGGUCAAAGGACCUGGUGACCGACUUCAGGAGAACCAAAAGUUAUGGUGCGAUGCGCUCCAGCAGGCUGGAGUGGAGGUCCAAUUGUGUCAUGUCAAGGACGUGCACGGAAGAGCGAAGCGCAUCAACAGCAAACGCAAGAAGAAUGCGAAGGUUGAAGAAGAAUCACUCUCUGGGGCUGAAGAUGAAGAAGAUCGGAAUGUUGAUGAAGAGGCCGAAUAUCAGCCGUCGCCGGUGUUGGGCAAACGUUCUGCCGAUGAAGACUCGGAGGGGGGGGAGGAAGAACACUAUCCCCUAGCGAUGUCGCAGCCCAGAACGACCCCGACGAAAUGGCCGACGGCGAAAGUUGAGGUGGUCAUCACCUCUCCAAGUCCGAUGAAAAAGAGACGGAAAUUUCAAUGCUCUUGAUACGGCGGAAUAAUUGUAAAGGGAUGAUGGUCAAUUGCAGCGACGUUACCAUAUCUGUACCGUUAUACCUCCUGUGCUGCUUCUGUUGUGUACAGACAACAGGCUCCAGCAUCGAUAGUGUAUCUUUUUCCCAUUCAGUAUGUCAGCCAACCUCUUCAAGUCGAACGCUAUCUAGUGCUGAUCAAUGUCUCUGGAUGUCGUCUUCCGGAUAUGGAUCUCCAACAUUGUUUAUGUAUAUCCUGCUAAAUUUGAAGAUACACUGGGCAUGGUAUCAAGGGGAUUCUGCUAACCUUAGUGGCAUCUGCAAAAUCUUGGGCAAUUUUGUGGCGAAAAGGUUUCUGGGGGGUUUCCGGCCUUUUACCCGGUAUAUGUGUAAAACCGGUUUGAUUGAACUCGACGACACUGAUGGAUAAUGAUGGAAG